GUCACGACGACCCCGUCUAGGCGGAGAAUAAUCACGGCCUCUUCUGGGAGGAGAUGCUGAGCAACUAUCUCGUCUAGCUGCUCUUCGAGGUGGCGGAGAUGGGGAUCGCGAAAUACUUCGUCGCGCGUCGCUAACAGAAGAAGUAUUUCUUCGUCUCCGAGGUGGGGACCUGGAGCGACUCUUGCUCAGAGAUCUACCUCUUUUAACGGGAGGCGUGGCAGAAUAGCUAUCUCUCCGCGUGGUUCUUCGUGGUGGAGGUGUGAUAGAUCUGGACCUUGACCUUGACCUCGAAUCGCUAGAAUAGCGUCGCUCACGACGAGGAGAAGUUCGGCGCUUUGGUGGAGUAACAGAUCUGGAGGGGGAUCGAGAAACAGACCUGGACACGGAUCUUGUCGCGCUUCGGCGUCGGGGUGACCCUCCACGUUUGACGGUUCUGGGAGGUGUUCGGGAAACCGAGCGCCUUCUACUAUCGACGGAACGUCUUCGGUCACCACCACGGGAACGUGAUCGAGAGCGUGAACGUGAGCGAGAACCAGAGUACGAAGAUCCAGUGUAUGAUGAAUAGCUUGAUACAGAGCUACCUGAAUCCGACUCCUCGUCCGCAGCAGGAGGUGCAGGUAAGGCAGGCUUAGGCAGAUUCUGCAGGUAUUCUCGCGAUUCUUCAGUCAAUGCACCCAUACCAAUACUGGUAAAGUAAUUGAUGGAAAAUCUUGUGUUGCGAGGGUUGUCCCUAGGAAAGAGUCCUUCAAAAUAUGGGCGAAGGACAUCAUCCUUUAGACGUGCUUGCAAUUUAGGCAUUCCCAUGGCCUCGGACAAGUCCUGGAAAAGAAUUUUGAUGAAAAUUCUGCUACUCGAUGUUGUCUCCUCCUCAUUCAAAUGUACCACUGACAGUACAUGCCAGCCAAUGGCGUCCGAACUGAUCAGGUGACCAAAGAAUCUAGCAAUGUUUCUUAAUCUGUUUGUUUCGUAUCGAUGAAUGGUGUCAUAGUAUUUCAUAAAAGAUUGUUCAAAUUGUUCGGUCCAGAGGCGAUCGAUCUUUGCGAAACGUUCUCCAAUAAGACCAUAAAAUUUCGAGUAUGUCUUUUCUUGAGAACAACAUUCGAUGAUCAUCGAUGGGAGUUCGGGUUCUUGUCCAGGAGGAAGGUUGACUUUCAUCAAUUUGUGACAACAUUCUUCGGGGUCGAUACUUGACAUGAUGGUCAAAUAUAUGGUACGUCGAAGAUUGACUAAAUCGGUAUUGCUCUGAUCCUUGAUUUCCAGCUGCUUUUCUCCUUGCUUCUCCUCAUCAUCCUCGCUGUCGUCAGUCUCAUCAUCGUCGUCGUCAUCAUCAUCACUGCCCUCGCCCAAAAUUUCUGCUUUCAGAGAGCGAUAUGCUUCCUCGUGCUCCUCCCAUUCCGGAUCAAAUUUGAAGAUAUUCAAAGUAUCUUGAACCUCGAUUUGAUCAUCCAGCUCCGUCGUAUGAGUGAUUUGAUCCUCUUCUUCUACGAGAUCAAGUUCCUCUUUGAUAGCCGGGUUGUCCUUGUACUGAUCCUUGCGAACCUGAAAAAGCACCUCAAUCAUGUACUGCACUCUUUUGUCGAUAUCGGCCUCAUGUAAAAUGUUUCGAAAUUGGUCAAACACUGCCAAUGCAAUUGGGCGAUUCAUUUCCUCGAGAUGCUGCCCAACUUCUCUUGUCAAUCCGACAGCAAUCUCUACACUAUCAUCUGUGGGGUUGUGUAGAAGGAGGAGUAGAAUCUGAGCGGCCACAAUUUCAUUUGCGACUUGUUGAUUGCAGAGAUGUGCGAUAAAAGUUGUAGAUGACAGACAUACAGCCUUAUCAUUUCUCUUGAAGCCCUUCUUGAACUGAACAAUCAGUCUUUUGAGAAGGAGUUCUCCAACCUGAGGGAGUUUGGUAUUGACGAUAGCUGCCAUGGCAGCGUAAAUUGGUGUGAAGGGCAAACUGGCAGCUUGCGCUUUCAUAAUGCUUCUGCAGAAUAAACCUCGUCCUCUGACCAGAUUUUCUCCAAAAAGUUCCGGUACAAUAUGUUUGAUGUUCGAAACGUUGACCUUGUUGAUGAGACCGUUGAUAGACUUUUUCAAAGCCUCCCAAGCCAUGCGCUGAUACUCCUUGCUGGAUUUAUCCGUAAUUUGAGAUUGGAGAGCUCGUAAUCGAGCUGGAGGUAUGUAUGUUCCGCCCGAUCGCAUGGUCAGAAGCUUCUCAUAUUCUGCCUUUGCGGCAGCCUGCUUUUCCUCCUCAGUCCUAACUUUUGCGACACCACCUCUGCCACGUGGGGCGGAUCCCUCUCGUCGCGGUGGACUUCUUCCAUUUCGAUCGCCGCGCGGGGAUGUAGGAAUCCUUCGCGAAGGUCCAUCGUCAAGAUGCGAUUCCGUUGAAGGGAUUGGGGUUUCGACCUCCAUUUUUGUUGACAGGAUAGAAAGUUGGGUUCCAGAGAUUAAGAGGGAGAUUUCGCAGGAACUACUGGAGCAUACUGAUAUGAUGUCUUGCCUGGGAACCUGCUCGCAGUAUGCGACUGCCCUUGAAUUGUAGGUUUCGCGGAGAUGGGGAAAAGUUGCGAAAGUGUGGAUGGAGUUGAAAGUCUGAUGAGGAUGAGGCUGAAGGUGAUGGCUGUCGGCGAUUUUGAGCGUCGCGCCAAGACCACUUUUUAAGCUCGCGUCAACUCCUGUCGCUGAGGGAAGCCAGAUUUACGGAGCCAGCCUCACCACCACAACCCAUUUACACAUCACACCACAACACAAAACUCAAAGUAUCAGUCUUCUCGGACCUGAUUCCACACGCUCCUUUCUUACAGAUUGCAACAAUGGUAUGAAUCACCCAAUCCAAUUUGCUGCAAAAGUCUCCUGUUAAUAAAACUCAGCUGGACAAAUUAGUUGGCCUUGGGAUGCUCGUCACCGCGUCAGUCGUAUUUCUCUAUUAUAGCAUUUGGACACUUCUCAUGGUAUGUCACCAUUUACUGUACUGUACUUGGAAGGGAAAGAAAUUAAUAGCAUAUCUACAGCCAUUUGUCGACUCAGACCACCCCCUUCAAAACCUCUUUCCUCCACGAGUUUGGGCAAUUCGCAUCCCAGUCAUCCUUAUCCUCCUAGCGUCGGCUGUUAUAGGAUCCUUCUUGAGUGUGGUCAUGAUCCGAAGCAACAGAAAGAGAGCGGCAAAGGCUAAGGCAGCUGGUAAGAAGAAGGCAUAAGGGGCGAGGUUGAAUUGUUUACUUGUAUGGGCGUCUCUUGGGGAAAAUGGCAAGGAUGUGUAAUUUUGGUCAAUAUAUUGAUGAGGUCGAUUCGACUAUCGAAUAUGACUAGAAAAGCCCUUUUGUGUUUGCAGGAAUGACCGGCGACUGGUGUAUGAAAUGGUAAUAGAUUUGGGCAGGUCCGAAUAGUAUGUGUGUUACAAUAUACCCAAAUUCCCAUUGCCCUGAGCCUCGAAUACAUGCGGUAUUUUUGCAAUGAGCAUUACCUUUUCUGAACGACUUACCUGAGUGUAUUCCAGCUCAACUGAG